GCGCGGCAACACGUCACGGGGGUGGGAUUGCGUGUGGUGACGUGGCGGCUCCUGCUCUUUGGUCCGAUUUCGGCGGCUUACAAGUCCGGCGUGGAGCGGGCGACGGCCUGGGGAGAGUGGCAGUGGCGGCGGCGGUAGGCAGCAGGGGAGUCCGAGGUUAUGCGACUCGAUGAUCCCGCGGAAACGCUACGGAUCUAAGAACACGGAUCAGGGUGUCUACCUGGGUCUCUCAAAGACACAGGUUCUGUCCCCUGAAACUGCUUUCAGGAGCAGCAGCGACAUCGCUCCUUCGCCCACCCCUGUGGCCCUGGUCCCUUCCCCUCCCGACACCAUGUCCUGCCGGGAUCGGACCCAGGAAUUCCUGUCUGCCUGUAAGUCGCUGCAGAGCCGUCAGAAUGGAAUCCAAACAAAUAAACCAGCUCUACGUGCUGCCCGACAACGCAGUGAAUUUACCCUUAUGGCCAAGCGCAUUGGGAAAGAUCUCAGCAAUACAUUUGCCAAGCUGGAGAAGCUAACAAUCUUGGCAAAGCGCAAGUCUCUCUUUGAUGAUAAAGCAGUCGAGAUUGAGGAGCUGACAUACAUCAUCAAACAGGACAUCAAUAGCCUCAACAAACAAAUUGCUCAGCUUCAAGAUUUUGUGAGGGCCAAGGGCAGCCAGAGUGGCCGGCAUCUGCAGACGCAUUCCAACACCAUUGUAGUUUCCUUGCAGUCAAAACUGGCUUCCAUGUCCAAUGACUUCAAAUCAGUUUUAGAAGUGAGGACUGAGAACCUGAAACAGCAGAGGAACCGCCGGGAACAGUUCUCUCGGGCACCAGUGUCGGCCCUGCCCCUUGCCCCCAACCACCUUGGGGGUGGUCCUAUAGUUUUGGGAGCAGAGUCCCGAGCCUCCAGAGACGUGGCCAUCGACAUGAUGGACUCUAGGACAAGCCAGCAGCUUCAGCUCAUUGACGAGCAGGAUUCCUACAUCCAGAGUCGGGCAGACACCAUGCAGAACAUUGAAUCUACAAUCGUUGAGCUGGGCUCCAUUUUUCAGCAGUUGGCACACAUGGUUAAAGAACAGGAGGAAACUAUUCAGAGGAUCGAUGAGAACGUGCUUGGAGCCCAGCUGGAUGUUGAGGCCGCCCAUUCAGAGAUCCUCAAGUACUUCCAGUCAGUCACCUCCAAUCGGUGGCUCAUGGUCAAAAUCUUCCUCAUCCUCAUCGUCUUCUUCAUCAUCUUUGUGGUCUUCCUUGCCUGAACCCUCCUUCACUCUGAGGCACUCCAUGGAGGGUUUGGGACCCUCCUGGGAAGGCAGGUGGCCACUGCUGCCAUUGAGCCUGUGUAGGGUGGUUGGGAGAAAGGCCAUUUCCUUGGAACUGCUAAGAAUGGCCAGUGUCCCUGAUUCCCCACCCUUGUCUCUGGCCACUCUGUCUUACCCUCAGGCCCUUGAAACACACUGGUUCUGUAUUUGGACUCUGCUGUGAAGUGGCUGGAAGCAGAAGCCAGCUAGGGGGCCAGUGGAGGAGGUUGUCUCCACCAGGAGAUUUUUAUAAAACCUUACCAGCCUCCCCCAAAGGUACCUUUGGCAGCAAGGGGAGAUAAUGCCCCUCCUUGUCUCCUUGAGAGUGAGGCAAGGGGACAAAACUAUCCCAGGGACCAACUUUACCAUCGGGUUAGAACUUGACUGCCUUCCUCUCUUCACCAUGUGAGGUGAGGGGGCUCUGAGCCCUUCAGUUGCCUGCACAAACCUGACCUUGGCUACUGGUGACUCUCAAUCUGCCAAAUGUGCUGCAGCCUCUUUCCUCCCAAUUACAGCAAGACUGUCAGCCUCAC